AUGGAAUUGUCUGCAUUGCCCCUACUGGCGGCCGUAAUUGCUAUCGUCUAUGGCGUGCUUUACGUUGUGUACGGCUACAUCAAAGUCCUCUACCUGAGGCGUCGCAUGCCUCCCGGACCCUUUCCGUUUCCGGUGUUUGGCAAUAUCUUCCAAAUCGUUCCUAUUAGGCACUGGAUGCAAUUUGAGAACUGGUCUCAUACCUACAACAGUCCGAUCAUCACCGUUUGGGAGGGUCGCAAGCCAACUCUGUGCGACAAGCGGGCCAACCUCUAUUCCUCCAGAGCCAUCAAAAAUGUUUCUGGCAAGAUUUUUGGCCUGCACAAGUUAAACCAGGCAGGCCUUCCGUACGGAGAGCAGUGGAAAGUGUAUCGUCGCUUGACGCAUGCUGCCGCCAACGCUCAGGUUGUCCAGACCUACCGCCCCGUGCAAAAAUGGGAAGCCAAAAUCCUCCCGUACGAUUGUAUGCGUAAUCCUGAGAUGUUGCACGAGAGUUUUUUUGGAAGCGCUAAUCUCGGGUUCCCUGGAAAAACAUACACCGAAGCUAUCCCAGAACUGAUGUAUCUUCCGUCGUGGCUCAACCCUCUGCCCAGCAUUGUCAGGGGCCUUGCUGUCACGUCCAAUAAGUACUUAUAUGCUCUGUGCGUUGAGGCGCAGGAGAGCACCCAAGACAACUUUACCAAGCGGCUUCUGCGCGAGAAAAAAGAGCAGGGCCUUACCAAGAUCGAGAUUGCCAACCUGACCGGCAACUUUAUCGGAGGCGGCGUUGAUACAACCACUAGUACCAUCCUGAGCUUCAUUUUAGCCAUGGUUCUGCACCCGGACACUAAAAAGAGGGCGCAGAAGGAAACCGACGCCGUGCGAUUCUGGCCGGAUCGCUUCCUUGACGACUUCGAUAAGCCACCAUACCCCAAUAAAAGAGGCCACCACACAUUUGGCUGUGGCCGACGAGUGUGUAGCGGCGAGCCGUUGGUGCACCAGAGCAUGUACAUCAUUACUGUCAACUUCCUCUGGGCCUUCAACAUCCGACCUGGGUUGGACGACAAGACACGGUCAGACUCUGAAGCCUAUGGCGUGUCCCAGGUUAGCAGUCCGCUCCCGUUCCGAGUCAGGCUUGAGCCGAGGAGCGAGGCCAUUCGGGAUAUGUUGGGUGAAACGGCUGUGGCUGGUGCUUCGGGUCUCCAAGCAUAUGACGGAGAGACGCAUGUUACAUUUGAGAGUGCUCAAUCGGUUUCUUUUGACAUGCCAGUUGCACCAGCCGAAGCUUGAAUGCAUGUUGGAGUUUUGCAGCUAAGUUUGUGGGACUGGGAUGGGCAUUAUUCUCAUGCAUUAGACAUAUCUACUGAAGCUCCUCAUUCUUCAUCGUGAUUGAGGAGUGUAGCUACGACUCAAGAUUAAGUUAUUC